AUGCAUACUAUCGAGGUACAGCUAUCCCCAGUUGUCGAGAACGAAAAUCCAGAACAUGAAUCUCCUACAACGGAACAAGAAGAGCCCGAGGUUGAUCACGAUUCUGAGCCACCCAGGCGUGCCCGCGGGAGACCCAGAAUUCGGCGAACUGGUUCGAGGGGAAGACCUAGAAAGAUAUAUAGGUACAGGACACCCCCGAGAGGUUCAGCACUCUCUUCUGAAGAGAGCUGUCCAGUAUGGUACAAGGAUAAUAAGGUUCAUCACAGUUAG